AUGCGUUUCACUUGUGCUACCGCCGGAGUACUCGUUCUUGGUGUCACGGUUUCUCAAGCGCGUUCUAUUGCGCCUAGCCCCUGGAGUAUUAAUCAUGAAUCCACGGAGGGCGAAGCCUUACACUUUGUUGCCCAGAUUUCCAAAAGAUCAAAUGACGAUAGCGAUGGCUGGACCUCGAAACUAUCUCCCCAAGACAGCUUGCACUUGAAAAGCAAUGACCAUAAGUCCGACCCAUCUCCAAAUCAAGCUGGAAGCGAGAACGAAAACGACGGUCAAGAUGAUUCUGAUUCCAGCUCGCGGGUUCAUGAAUACUCGGAAAAGGAUGACUCAAGACAGCGCAUUAUCCUUCCAAAAAAUCCUUCGACGGUCGCAAUCGCCGCACUCAAGCCAGCACCAGCCUACCGGAAAGAAACUCCUCAAUCUACCGCUAACCUCUUACAAGCAAUCGAAGACUAUCGCGGCGCAAUACUUGAUGGAGCUUCAUCCGAAUCGGAAUCAGAUGUGCUACCCGAGCCAGCCAAGCAUAUUUUGCAGCCUCUAAACAAAGUCCAGCUCAAAAAGUUCAACGAAACUAUCCAUGAGUUGAGCAAAAAUCGAAACGUACAAGAUAUUAUUCUCAACCACACCUCUGGCUUCAGAACCGCACUAGAAUCCCUUAACCAUACAUCCACCGCAUCAUUAAACUUGACUUCAGGAACCACCAUGGCCUUAGGAAACUUAUCAUCCCUCGCCAACAACCUUCCUAUUCCAAUCGACAAUGUGCGCAAUGCUAUAACCGGGUUAAACUCAUCCUCUUCACUCGCGCCGGUCACCUCACAAGCCAACACCCGCGCUUUUAUCAAUAUCUCCACCCUUUCGAACAACCUCCCCGUCACAACUACCUCUGUUAUCAACGGGGCUGCGCCCAGUUCAGAGCACUUUGCUAUCAACCGAAGUUCAUCAUCUAAUGAUACUGACUCCAUGAGAACCGCCACACCAACUCACCACUCUGACUUUAACAACAGCAUGUCAGGUCAAACCGAUCCUACUUUUAACCACACAUCACCUUUCCAAAAAUAG